CGACUGCAGAAAAAAAAGUGAACAGGCUGGGGCUCACGUUGUUACAAAGUUUCUGCAAAUAUUUAACGAAACCUUAAUACGCUCUCUGCACCAAGUCACAUUCUGCUUUGGAUGCAGGCGGGGAAACUCUAGCCAAAUUACAGAAUCGAGUAGUACAGCGAAAGACAAGCUGCUUAGAAAACCCUUCCAGCGCUCACAACCACUGAACUCAGCUGCCGCUUGUUGCAAGCUGACAGACCGUGUGUCCCACAGACUUGCAAGCGUGCAUCGCUUCUCCUCCAAAGCAAAUCGCAAACAAAAUUUCAGGCGACAAAGCCCUAACCGGAAGCUUCUACAAUUGUAUAGAUCUAUUGACGCGUCCGGGGUUGCAUUUUCUCGGAACCCUUUAAAGGAGCUUGCAGGAAAGGAAGUGGAAAUAUUUGUACGACGGACCAGAAGUUGGUCCUCCAAGGCGGAGGUUCCGUUCGGCCUCAGAGGCGAUGAUGAGUUUCGAGUGGCCUUGGCAGUACAGUUUCCCGCCAUUCUUUACGUUGCAGCCCAAUGUGGACACAAGGCAAAAACAGCUGACUGCAUGGUGUUCCUUAGUACUCUCGUAUUGCCGCCUCAACAAGCUCUAUACUAUGACUGUUCCAGAGGCUCAGGAGAGCCCACUGUUCAACAAUUGGAAAUUGCAGCGAAAACUCCCAUUGGAAUCCAUCCUUGUUGUUUUAGAGGAGCUCAGGAAAAAAGGGAAUCUUGAAUGGCUUGACAAGAACAAGUCUAGCUUUCUGAUCAUGUGGCGGUGUCCAGAGGAAUGGGGCAAGCUAAUCUAUCAGUGGGUUUUGAAGAAUGGACUGACAAAUUCAGUUUUCACACUCUAUGAGUUAUCCAAUGGCGAGGAUACAGAGGAAGAAGAAUUUCAUGGUUUGGAAGAAUCAGUACUUCUUCGAGCUCUGCAGGCUUUACAACAGGAGCAUAAGGCUGAAAUAUUCACCCUGAAUGACGGGCGGGGUGUCAAAUUCUUCUAAUACAGAUUCUGCUUUGGCUUCCUAGUAUGACUGUACAAAAGUGUCCUGGGUUUAAGGGCUUCUCUCUGCUCUGGUUUCCUUGCGUUGAAGGCUGAAACAGCAAAUUGUAUCUUGAUGGCUCAGCGUUUGACUCCAUUUUCUUCUCUCUGCAGCUUCUGCCUCCUAUUGCAUUGUGAUGUUAAAGAUGAUUUGAAUAGAUUUGUGGGGGAACCAGAGUGUUCCUUGUGCUCAUAUGACAUGAAGCAGCCAUUGGCUCUUGAGUUUGGCCUUCCAAAUGGAGGCAUAUAAUAAACCUGCUGCUUGCAGCAAUGAGCCAUAAUUUGGGGAUCAAAAAUACAGUACUUUCUCUCCAGUUGGGCAAGAGGCCAUGUAGACUGUGCUGUCCACAACAGAAUGAGGCAUUAAAGACUUUGGACAAAAUUAAACUAUACUGUAUUUACAGAAAA